GGCGCCAACGAGCGGGAAGAUAACCCCCAUUCCCGUUCGCACUGCAUCGCGUCGGGUCGCCUCCGUCGGUCAGCCAAGAGAAGAGUCGCCAAGAAGCGGCGAUGCAGAUCCGUGUGCGGUGCGGGUGCGGCGAGUCGUCGUGCCCGGAGUGGGCCGUCGUGGAGCUUCAGGGCGUGGUGCAGCCGCAGCCCUCCUUCUCCGGCGACAUCCGCGGACUCCACAUCGGCCGCCUCUGCUCCUCCCCUUCCGGCUCGACCAACUCAAAGGCUGGGUACACGUUCACGGUGGGGUACCAUGAGCUCGCCGGGACGAAGGUGACGCUGAAGAAGCCGCUGCUGGUGCUCAGGAAGAAGAAGGUGAGUAGUGGUGGUGAUCAAGAGCCACCGGUGGCCGCGGCGGAGUUGGAGCUGGAGGUGAUCGGCGUCAUCAGGCACAAGAUCCUCUUCAAGGACCGCCCCAAGGCCCUCAUCUCAAAGCUGCCGACCAAGGAGAAGAAGACCCUGCAGGCAGCAGCAAAUUGACGCCAAUUUUCUGAAGAAGACUCCACAACUUCAUGCAAGCAACCUCUCAGUUCUUGAGAAUCUGAAGCUCCCUUGGUUUGGCUUUGUGCAUCCAAGGUUUUCGGAAAAUUGUGAUUGUACUUGUGAUGAUUGUUUUCCGGAGUGUCGUGCUGUAUUGAUGCGUUGCGUCAUGGUCAGUUGCUGCAUUACAAACAUUUGAAGGAGCAUUUGCACUGU